CCCUCCGCGCUCUCUGUCCUCCGCCGCGCGAGCCCCCUAGGCCAGCUCGCUUUUCCCGGUCGCCUCUGGGAGUCCUCUCACCGCCUUUCCACUCGGCACACAUCUAGGCGAUCCCCAGCUCCCUUCUUCAUGGCGUCGCUUCUGUGCUGUGGGCCCAAGCUGGCGGCCUGCGGCAUCGUUCUCAGCGCCUGGGGAGUGAUCAUGUUGAUAAUGCUUGGAAUCUUUUUCAAUGUCCAUUCCGCUGUACUAAUAGAGGACGUUCCCUUCACCGAGAAAGAUUUUGAGCGUGGCCCCCAGAACAUAUACAGCCUGUAUGAGCAAGUCAGCUACAACUGUUUCAUCGCCGCGGGCCUUUACCUCCUCCUCGGAGGCUUCUCUUUCUGCCAAGUUCGGCUCAAUAAGCGCAAGGAAUACAUGGUGCGCUAGCGCACCGUCGCGUUUCCCCUCUCCAGCCCACUCCUCUAUUUAAAAACUCUCCCCCCUGAUCCCCCAUUCUGGCGCCCUCUGCGGGACGGGGUUUCCCUGGC